CAAAGACCAAAGUCUUGUAAGAACAAGUUUCUACCAAGAACGCUCUGUAUUUUACUUCUCGGUGAGGUAACCGGAUGCGAACCUCCAUGGUCACCGUCUUCUUCGUACUAACUUUCGCUCUAUUCCCCGGAUUCCACCAUCAUCGCUUCCCGCGAAGAAAACCCUUGUAGAGAAACUUCUCUCUCUCUUGAGCUCCUCUCACGCUGCAAAUCUCGCGUUGCACGUUUCCAGAAACUUGACCCUUUUAUGUACUUCUCUUCUCUUGCGAAGAUCUCUCUCUUCUUCUAUGCCGCUUUGGAAUAUCAUCCUCCGUCGACUCCCCGACGCGGCAUUCUCUCUUUUUCAUUUCUGGAGGUCCUGAUAUAGGCGCUUGGUUGCUGAACAAUGGCGCUUUUGGCUGGCUUUCUUGUGAUCUGCCUAACGUUGGGGUGGUUUUGGGAACCCGGGACUUGUGAAGGGAACGAAUUUCGGCGAGCGUUUCCUGUUGUGGAGCCAGAUUUUGGUCAUACGAAGCUCCGUCUUGCAAGAGAAGGUUUGGAGGCAAUUCGAAGAAUUAGAUCUCCUAUAGCAGCUGUUGCUGUCAUUGGUCCAUACCGCUCGGGCAAAUCAUUUCUUCUUAAUCAACUUCUAUCUCUUCCAUGUGAUAAAGGUUUUGGCGUUGGACAUAUGCGAGACACAAAAACAAAAGGUAUUUGGGUUUGGGGGGAUCCAGUGGAUGUGGUUAUUGAUGGUGUGAAAGUUUCAGUCCUGUAUCUUGACACUGAAGGUUUUGAAAGUAUUGGGAAGUCAAAUGUAUAUGAUGACAGGAUCUUUGCUCUAGCAACUAUCAUGAGUUCUGUGCUUAUAUAUAAUCUGCCUGAGACGAUUCGUGAGGCUGAUAUAUCUCGUUUGUCAUUUGCUGUUGAAAUUGCUGAAGAGUUCUAUGGCAGAGUCAAGGGCCAAGAUGUUGCAUUUGAGCCUGCUAAACUCCUGUGGCUUAUUCAACGCGAUUUCUUGCAAGGGAAAUCCGUUCAACAAAUGGUAAAUGAAGCCCUUCAGCGAGUCCCCAAUGCUAAUGGGGACAAAUAUAUUGAUCAGGUCAACCAGAUUAGGGACUCUUUAGCCAUCAUGGGUGAUAAUAGCACAGCCUUUAGCCUACCUCAGCCUCAUCUGCAAAGGACAAAACUUUGUGACAUGAAAGAUAGUGAGCUUGACCACUCAUAUGUAGAACGAAGAGAGCAUUUGAAACAACUUGUUACUUCAAUCGUACGUCCAAAGAUUGUCCAAGGAAAAACCCUCAAUGGGGAGGAGUUUGCAUCUUUCCUAGAGCAGAUUCUUGAGGCAUUAAACAAAGGGGAAAUUCCAUCCACUGGUUCUCUUGUUGAGGUUUUCAAUAAGGCGAUCCUUGAUAGGUGCUUGAAGCUAUACAAUCAACAAAUGGAUAGGUUGCAUUUGCCAUUACCUGAGGAUAAGUUGCAGCUGGCCAACAAUGAUUCAAAAGUUGAAGCAAGAAAGCUCUUUGAUGAGCAGCAUUUUGGUCGACAUCAUGCUGAACAUUCUGCCUUCAAGCUUGAAGAAGAAAUGCAGAAGGUUUAUAAAAAUUUUGUUCUGGCCAAUGAAUACCAGUCCUCAAAAUUGUGCGAAUCAUUGUAUACAAAAUGUGAAGAUAAAAUGGACCAUCUUCAAGCAUUGAGACUUCCAUCUAUGGCUAAAUUUAAUGCUGGAUUUCUUCAAUGUAACCAAAGUUUUGAAAAGGAUUGUGUUGGCCCUUCAAAAAAGAGCUACGAGCAGAGAAUUUCGAAGAUGCUUGGGAAAUCUCGGGCACUUUUCAUCAAGGAUUACAAUAACAGGCUCUUCAAUUGGCUGGUGACAUUCUCCCUCGUAAUGGUUGUGGUGGGUCGAUUUGUCAUAAAGUUCUUUUUGCUUGAGAUUGGUGCUUGGGUGAUGUUUAUCUUUCUGGAGACCUAUACAAGAAUGUUCUGGACAUCGGAGUCUCUCUAUUACAAUCCUGCUUGGCAUUUUAUUGUAGCCACCUGGGAAUCUAUUGUUUAUAGCCCAAUACUCGAUCUUGACAAAUGGGCAAUUCCAUUGGGAUCACUGCUGCUGAUAUUUGUUCUAUACUGGCGGUGCUAUGGGAGAAGGAAACUUGGUGGUAGAUACCUUUUGCCUCUUUACAACACUCAAAGGAGGGGCUCAAGUCGGCCGAGAUCAGACUAGCAGAGUUUCCAUUACUAUUUUCUCUGCGUUCACCAGGUGAGACUUCGGCUUCGUUUGGGACGGCUUUCUUUUCACUUUAUAAAGCAGUUUCUUGGUAAAAUUUUUUAAUAUUUGUACUAGAAAGCUGUUUUAAGAAGCAAUAAGAAAGCCGUCCCAAACGAAAUCUUCUUUUCGAUGGACCUAGCUCUCCCAACAGACUUAUCGUUCUAAAUCAACAUCUAGAGAUCGCUAAGCGUAGGAGAAGUUUGACAUAUAACCGUUAGAUGGGGCUUAUAUUGCUUGUAAAAUUCUUUUGUUUAAAUUAUUUAUUCACAGGGUUGCUCAUAGCUGGAGAAUUAGUGGGCAGCACAAAUUUUAACCUGUGCUCCUGCAUCUUCUUUCUAUACAAAAUCACUCCAUGUUAUUUUAUUGUUGGUUUCUAUGGAAAAAGGAAAACAAAUACUUUGUACUGAUAACGGCUGAAACCCAAUUUGAAAAUGUUUAAUUCUCAGUUUUGUUAAAUUCUUAAA